GAACAAAGUAUCCAACUGCUAAUCUCUUCUUUGCAAAUGUUUAUGAUAUCAAAUUGUCAUUAUAUGAGUGGCUUGAAUCUCCUUAUGUGGAAGUUCAAAUGAUGGCAACCAAUAUGAUGGAAAAGUUUAAUAAGUAUUGGAGCGAUAUUCAUGGAGUUUUGGCUUUAGCAGCAGUGUUGGAUCCGAGGUAUAAGAUGAUGUUAGUUAAGUUUUAUUAUCCUCGUAUUUUUAAUCACAAUGCUGCAAGUGAGAUUGAUAAAAUAUAUCAAGUUUGUAGCAAAUUAGUGCACGAUUAUCAGAAAAAGAAUGAUUCAAGUGGGUCUUUAGCUCAAUUUUCUACUUCUUCUUGUCAAACCGAGACAUCAAGUGCUAAUAAUAAAUCAGAUCGCAUAGUGAAUUUUUAUAAAUUUGUUUCUAAUGUUGAAGCUCCUAGUAGUGUGAAAAUCGAGCUUGAUACUUUUUUGAAUGAGCCUAUAUUGUCUCGGUUGGAUGAUUUUGAUAUAUUGACAUGGUGGAAAGUGAAUUCAAUCAAAUAUCCGACUUUAUCUCGAAUUGCAAAAGAUAUUUUGGUCAUCCCGGUAUCUACUGUGGUAUCCGAAUCUGCUUUCAGUAUUAGUGUGAAUUCUGCGCCAUCUGCAUAUUUUGGAAGUUGCUCCAAGAUGAAUGAUGAAAAUGUUGAUGAGGAAGAUCCAUCUUAUACAAUCUCUGAACCUGCCGAUAAAUGA